AUGGAUGCGGGUGUUGAAGUAUUGAUCCAUCAAGAUGUUCAUGGACUCCCCGAUUGUGUCUUCCCAAACAACUGGGUGAGCUGUCACCAACCCCUAAAUGGCACGUCGGUGCUGAUCACUUAUCCGAUGUGUGACCAGUUGCGUCGGUUGGAAAGAUCCGAUCUCGUCCUUGAACGAUUGGGUUCAGUAUUGGGUGAGGUGGAUCACAUUGACUUCGCUGAUAUGGAAGACGACGAAGAGAUACUCGAGGGAACUGGAUCACUGGUACUUGAUCGUGUCAAAGGUAAUGCCUUUGCGUGUAUAUCACCUCGGACCACGAGUUGUGCAUUAGAAGCGUGGUGCGAUGAGACUGGGUAUGAACCGAUUGCAUUUGAAGCCUUGGAUACUGAUGAUCAGCCGAUAUACCACACCAAUGUCAUGAUGAGUGUGGGCGAACACUUCAGCGUGGUGUGUGCACAUACAAUUCGGGAAGCUCAGGAUCGGGCUAGUGUGCUCGAGAGGCUUCAAGCUGAUGGUCGGCUUCUGAUCGACAUCAGUAGUGACCAAAUGAAUAACUUCUGUGGGAACAUUCUCGAACUCCAGACCAUCCACGGGGAACCGGUCAUCGCGAUGUCCAGCCGGGCUUGGGGAGCGUUUUCUGUCAAGCAGCAAUCGAUAUUCCAAGAUCUGGGCAAAGUGAUCCAUGUUCCUAUCCCAACCAUUGAGAAUGUUGGCGGAGGCAGUGUCCGCUGUAUGAUCGCAGAAUGUGGAGGAAGCAUGCGGACCGCUUUACUGACCACGGGUCUUCUGCUCGCAACAUCAUCGAUCUCGAUGGCGCAGCAGGUUGAACCCAUCGAAUACACCCUCGACAACGGCAUGCAUUUCUUGCUCAUGCCGCGUGACGAGCAACCCAACAUCAUCACCGCGGGAUGGAUCAGUCCCGUCGGAUCGGUGAACGAGCGCCCAGGUAUCACCGGCGUUUCACACUUCCUCGAGCACCUGCUGUUCAAGGGUACGGAUUACAUCGGGACCUCGGAUGCCGAGGGAGACCUUGCAUUCCGCAAUCAGUUGACUGAAAUCCGUCAGCAGAUGCGUGCGUACACCACCGAUGUGCAGUACAAGCGUUUCUAUCGCGGCGAGAUCGAUAAUCCUUGGGAUCCAGCGAACGACACUCCAGAACUGCGUGAGAUGCGUGCACAGAUGACUGCAUUGCAAGAUGAGCAAGCGGGAAUCACCAUCAAGAACGAGUUCGAUAAGGUUUACACCGGGAACGGCGGUUCAGGAAUGAACGCCGGGACAAGCAAUGACUUUACUGUGUUCUACAUCAAUAUCCCAUCCAAUAAACUUGAGCUCUGGUCAUGGAUGGAAUCGGAUCGCUUGAACAACCCCUCGCUACGAGAACUCGAUGCUGAACGAUUUGUAGUGAUUGAAGAACGCCGUCAGCGUCUGGAAGCGACCGCGACUGGGAAACUUGACGAGCAGUUUGACUCGAUGUUCUGGGUUGCGUCGCCGUACAACUUCCCAGUCAUCGGAUGGAUGAGCGACCUCAUGGCGUACACCGAAGACGAGGUUCGUGAAUACUUUGAGACUUACUACCAGCCUGCAAAUCUGACCGGCGUGAUUGUAGGUGAUUUCGAGGUCGAUGAAGCGAAGCAACUCAUCGAUUCAUACUUCGGUCGACUUGAAAAUAAGCGGCCAGCACCAUCACCUAUGGUGACCCACUCGGUCCCGCUGCUCGGCGAGAUGCGAUUCACGGGUCAGUGUGACUGCCAGGACCAAGUCGAAGUCCGUUACCGCUCGGUCGCGUACGGCAAUCCUGAUGAGCCGGUUCUCGAUGUGAUCGCGGACCUGCUCAAUGGUCGCACCGGUCGUCUCUACAAAUCGCUCGUGGAGGAGCAAGGCAUCGCGGCUUCCGCGCGUGCGGGGAACCGCUCGCAGCACUUCGCUGGUUCAUUCUCAUUUUCCGCUACCCCAAAGGGUGACGCAUCUCUCGAGGAUCUGGAACUUGCUUGGCUCGAACAGAUCGAUCUGCUCAAAACCGAGCCAGUGUCUGAUAGAGAGUUGCAAAAGAUCAAAAAUCAGUCCGCAGCGGACACAUUCCGCGAACUCCAAGACAACUCAUCGUUGUUCUUCCAACUUGCUAUCACUGAAGCAUACGGCGGGUAUGAAUACCUCAAUACCUAUCCGCGUGCGAUUCAGGAAGUGACCGCUGAGGACAUCAUGCGUGUUGCAAAUCAGUACUUCAAGAAUGACGCACGAGCAACCGCACUCUACACACGGAAGGACGGUGAGGCAAAGCUCAUCACAAUCGAUGAUGUCAAGGCGUCACUUCCUGAAGAAAUGGUCGGGAUGAUCAUGCCAAACCUGGAAGCGCAGCUCGCUGAGCUCGACGGCAUGAAUGCAGAACAACUCAGACAGGGCAUGGCAGAGAUCGAAUCGCAAGCCGAGAUGAUUCCGCCACAGAUGAAGAAACUCAUGGACUACAUCCAACAAGAAAUGCAGAUCCGCUUAGACGCGAUCGAGAGCAACGGAGCUGGGUCUACUUCCUACGCUGCUGAUAUCCCAUCACAUCCAUCAGAACUCCAGUUCAAGGAACUCCAGUUCACGCCUCCCGAAGCUCAGGACUUCAGGUAUGAACUCACCAACGGAGUGCCCGUGUUCAUCGCUGAAUCCAAUGAGUUCCCACUCGUGACCAUCAGCAUGAGUUUCAAAGGCGGCGAGUACCUUGUCCCAGCUGACAAGGCCGGAUUGGCGGGGUUAACCGGCGGGAUGAUCCGAUCCGGUGGGUCUUCAACAAUGGAUCCAGAAGCACUCGACGAGGAGUUUGAUUUCCUUGCUGCAAAUGUGUCCACCUCGAUCGGUGAUCGCAACUCACGCGCAAGCAUCAACUGCUUGACAAGCAAUCUGGAUUCCGCAUUCGACCUGUUCAUGGACAUGCUCAGGAAUCCUCGAUUCGAUGAGUCUCGCUUUGCGAUCCGCAGAGACCAGAUCCUCGAAUCGUUCGAAUCUCGGAAUGAUGCCGGAGUGCAGAUCGCGAUCCGUGAACUCGGUUUCCUAAUGUGGGGCGAGGAUCACUUCGAGGGGCGCCAGCCUACUCGGGAAUCCAUCGAAUCCAUCACGAUCGAUGAUAUGAAGGCUUUGCAUGAGCAAAUCUUCCACCCCGGCAAUCUCAUGAUUGCGGUCACGGGCGAUGUCGAACCCAAGGAGAUCCUUGCAUUCCUCGAGAUCAAGCUGAGUGACUGGGAAGUCGGUCAGAUCUCACCAGAUAUCCCAAAGCCGGCGAAGACAUACGAGCCAGGCGUGUACUACUACGAGAAGGAUCAGCCUCAGGUCCAGGUGCUUAUUGGGCAUCGCGGUAUCGAACGCGAUGAUCCCAACGCGAUUGAUGUAGAAGUGAUGAAUCAGAUCCUCGGAGGCUCCGGAUUCACAAGCCGUAUCACAAAUACGGUUCGUACACAGGAAGGUCUCGCAUACACCGCUGGAUCAACCUUUUCGAAUCGUGUCGAGUAUCCAGGGAUGUUCUUGUCAUACUUCUUCACGAAGACACCAACCACGGCACUCGCUACACGAUUGGUGUUCGACGAGAUCGGUAAGAUCCAAACUGAGGAAGCGACUACAGAAGAGAUUGAGAUCAUCCAGAACUCACUCAUCGAGACAUUCCCUCGUAACUUUGAGUCAAAGUCUGCGAUGAUGAAUCUCUUCAUCAGCGAUGAACGGACUGGGCGUCCAGCGGAUUACUGGAAGAACUACCGCGAUCGAGUCCGUUCAGUCACCGCUUCAGAUGUUCAAGAAGCCGCGUUGAACUAUCUCAAUCCUGAACAAGCCGUGAUUAUGGUGGUGGGGCCUGUUGACGAGAUCAAAGCCGGGAACGAGGAUUCGGAAGCGGAUAAAAAUCGUAUCGCAACAAUGGCAGAGUUCUUCAACGGCGAAUCCACCAUUCUCCCUCAGCGCGAUCCAGAAUCAUUGAAACCAGUUGAAUCUGAGUGA